AUGCAAGGCUCUUUUUAAAUCUAGGAAGCCAUAGCCGAAAUAUUUAGUUAAGUUAAGGAUGUAGAAGAAUAUAUCUUUGGUUUCAUGUUAGAGAUGUUUAGAAAGGAGAAAAUUUAAGAUUGCAUUGGUUUUCUUUCAGAUGGAGGGAAUCAAAGAUAAUUAGAAUUAUAACUUUUUAAAGAUGAAAAUCUAUAACCUUUUGAUAUGUGGUGGAAAUAAGAUGUUGUAAAAAAAAGUAUGAUGAAAAUUAAAAAUAUUCUCAAAUAAAUAAAAAAUCAUUAAUUUAAUAAGAAAGACUAUUCAACAGAAGAAUCUAUGCAGGAUCUAAUUAAUAGCAUAAAGGAUAAUAGAUGGAUCAGAUAUUUUUUGUUAUUUUUAGUUCACCUCACAUCAAUAGAUAAAACUUUCGUAUAAUGUGGGUCUAAUUCAUUACAUAUAUUAAUUUAGAUGAAGAUAGACCUUAGAAAAAAAAAUUUUGAAAAUAUUAAGAUACAAAAUACUUCCUUAAAAGGAGCAAAUUUUUUUCGAUGCAAUUUAAGUAGAUCUUAAUUUAAUAAUGUAAAUAUAAGUAGUAUGAAUUUGAAUGGUGCGUUAUUAUUAAAUUGUGAAUGGAAGAAUAUUAAGAUUGAUGAAUUGAAUAUAUUAGAUGGCCAUAAUGAUGGUGUGAACUUAGUGUGCUUCUCUCCUGAUGGUACUACAGUAGUUACUUGCAGUGGAUCUUAUUAUUUAAGCAUUGAUAAUUCUAUCCGUCUAUGGGAUGUCAAAACAGGCUAAUAAAAAGCCAAACUAGAUGCUCAUACUAACAAUGUCGACUCAGUUAGUUUCUCACCUGAUGGAACUUUAUUAGCUUCUGGGAGUAAAGAUAAAUAUAUUAUUUUAUGGGAUGUUUGGACUAAGAAAAAAAGAGCCAAAUUAGAUGGUCAUAGUGGAAAUGUCUACUCAGUCUGUUUCUCUCCUGAUGGAAAUACUUUAGCUUCUGGUAGUCAUGAUAUGUCUAUCCGUCUAUGGGAUGUCAAAACAGGAUAAUAAAAAGCUUAAUUAAUUGGUCAUAAAAACUCUGUCUAUUCAGUCUGUUUCUCUCCUGAUGGAAAUACAUUAGCUUCAGGUAGUGAUGAUUAAUCUAUUCGUCUAUGGGAUGUUCAAACAGGAAAUCAAAAAGCUUAAUUUGAUGGUUAUAAAAACUCUGUCUAUUCAGUCUAUUUCUCUCCUGAUGGUAAUACAUUAGCUUCUGGUAGUGCUGAUAAUUGUAUCCGUUUAUGGGAUGUCAAAACAGGAUAAUAAAAAAAUAAAUUAGAUGGCCAUACAAACUCUGUCUAUUCAGUGUGUUUCUCUCCUGAUGGAAAUCUAUUAGUCUCUGGUAGUUCUGACAAGUCUAUCCGUUUAUGGGAUGUUGAAACAGGAGAUUAAAAAGCUUAAAUAGAUGGUCAUACUAACGAAGUCAAAUCAGUUAGUUUCUCAACUGAUGGAAAUUUAUUAGCUUCUGGUAGUUCUGACAAGUCUAUCCGUUUAUGGGAUGUGUGGACUAAGAUAAAAAAAACCAAAUUAGAUGGUCAUACUAGCACUGCAUAUUCAGUUUGCUUCUCUCCUGAUGGUAAUACAUUAGCUUCUGGUAGUGAUGAUAAGUCUAUCCGUCUUUGGGAUUUCAAAACAGGAUAAUAAAAAGCUAAAUUAAUUGGUCAUACAAACUCUGUCUAUUCAGUCUGUUUCUCUCCUGAUGGAAAUCUAUUAGCCUCUAGUAGUUCUGACAAGUCUAUCCGUUUAUGGGAUGUUGAAACAGGAAAUUAAAAAGCUUAAAUAGAUGGUCAUGCUAGCCCUGUCUACUCAGUCUGCUUCUCUCUUGAUGGAUCUACAUUAGCUUCUUGUAGUGAUGAUUAAUCUAUUCGUCUAUGGGACGUUCAAACAGGAAAUAAAAAAGCUUAAUUUGAUGGUCAUACAAACUCUGUCUAUUCAGUCUAUUUUUCUUCUGAUGGUAAUACAUUAGCUUCUGGUAGUGCUGAUAAUUGUAUCCGUUUAUGGGAUGUCAAAACAGGAUAACAGAAAGCUAAAUUUGAUGGUCAUGCUAGCACUGUCCAUUCAGUUUGUUUCUCUCCUGAUGGAAAUACAUUAGCUUCAGGUAGUUCUGACAAGUCUAUCCGUCUUUGGGAUGUAAAAACAGCACAAUAAAAAGCUUAUUUAGAUGGUCAUGCUAGCACUGUCUACUCAGUUUGUUUCUCUCCCGAUGGAAAUACAUUAACUUCUUGUAGUAGUGAUUACUCUAUCCGUCUAUGGAAUGUCAAAACAGGAUAAUUUCAAGCUAAAUUUGAUGGUCAUACUAGUUAUGUCUACUCAGUCUGUUUCUCACCUGAUGGAAAAACAUUAACAUCUUGUAGUAAAGAUAACUCUAUUCGUUUAUGGAAUGUAGAGACUAAGUUAAAAAAUACAAAAUUAGAUAGUCAUUCUAGCACUGUCUACUCAGUUUGCUUCUCUCCGGAUGGUAAUACAUUAGCUUCGGGUAGUGAUGAUAAAUUUAUCCUUUUAUGGGAUAUCAAAACAGGAUAACAGAAAGCUAAAUUCGAUGGUCAUGCUAGCACUGUCCAUUCAGUUUGUUUCUCUCCUGAUGGAAAUACAUUAGCUUCAGGUAGUUCUGACAAGUCUAUCCGUCUUUGGGAUGUAAAAACAGCAUAAUAAAAAGCUUAAUUAGAUGGUCAUGCUAGCACUGUCUACUCAGUUUGUUUCUCUCCCGAUGGAAAUACAUUAGCUUCUUGUAGCAAUGAUAAGUCCAUCCGACUAUGGAAUGUCAAAACACAAUAAUUUAAAGGAAAAUUAGAUGGUCAUGCUAGUACUGUUUUUUAAGUCUCUUUCUCCCCUGAUGGAAAUAUAUUAGCUUCUUGUAGUAAUGAUAAGUCCAUCCGACUAUGGAAUGUCAAAACACAAUCAUUUAAAGCAAAAUUAGAUGGUCAUGCUAGCACUGUUUUUUCAGUCUCUUUCUCCCCUGAUGGAAAUAUAUUAGCUUCUUGUAGCCAUGAUCAGUCCAUCCGAUUAUGGAAUGUCAAAACACAAUAAUUUAAAUCCAAAUUAGAUGGUCAUGUUAGCACUGUCAACUCAGUUUGUUUUACCCCUGAUGGAAAUACAUUAGCUUCUGGUAGCUAUGAUUACUCUAUCCGUCUUUGGGAAGUCACAACAGGAUAAUAAAAAGCCAAAUUAGAUGGUCAUGCUAGCAUUGUCAACACAGUCUGUUUCUCACCUGAUGGAAAUAAAUUAGCUUCUGGUAGUUGUGAUUACUCUAUCCGACUAUGGGAUGUGAAGAAUAUGAUAAAAAAGACUAAAUUAGAUUGUCAAACUAGCAGUGUCUACUCAAUCUAAUUCUCUCCUGAUGGUAAUACAUUAGCAUCUAGUAGUAGAGAUAAGUCUAUUCGUUUAUGGUAUGUCACAACAGGAUAAUAAAAAGCUUAAUUAAAUGGCCAUACUGGAUAUGUCUAUUCAACUUGUUUUUCACCUGAUGGAAAUACAUUAGCUUCAGGUAGUGGUGAUUUUUCUAUCCGUCUAUGGGAUUUCUAAACAGGAUUACAAAAAGCAAAAUUGGAUGGUCAUGAGAAUUGGGUAAUGUCGGUCUGUUUCUCUUCUGAUAGAAAUACAUUAGCAUCUAGUAGUAAAGAUAAGUCUAUUCGUUUAUGGGAUGUCGCAACAGGAUAAUAAAAAGCUAAAUUAGAUGGUCAUACAAACACUGUCUACUCAGUCUGUUUCUCUCCUGAUGGAAAUACGUUAGCUUCAGGUAGUGAUGAUUAAUCUAUUCGUCUAUGGGAAGUUAAAACACGAUAAUAAAAAGCUAAAUUAGAUGGUCAUACCAACUCUGUUUAUUCAGUCUGUUUCUCUCCUGAUGGAAAUAUAUUAGCUUCAGGUAGUUCUGACAAGUCUAUCCGUCUUUGGGAUGUAAAAUAAGCACAAUAAAAAGCUUAUUUAGAUGGUCAUGCUAGCACUGUCUACUCAGUUUGUUUCUCUCCCGAUGGGAAUACAUUAACUUCUGGUAGUGGUGAUUACUCUAUCCGUCUCUGGGAUGUCACAACAGGAUAAUAAAAAGCUAAAUUAGAUGGUCAUACAAACACUGUCUACUCAGUCUGUUUCUCUCCUGAUGGAAAUACAUUAGCAUCAUGUAGUGAUGAUAUGGAAAUUCGUCUAUGGGAAAUAAAGAGAGAAUAAGAAAUGAAUUCCUGUGAUAAAAUUUACAAUAAUAUGUUCAUAAAUAUUAGGACUGCACUACAAUAAAUUACCCCUUAUUCAGAAGGUAGUAUGAUUUUUUCUAUAUUUUUAGUCUCUAAUUAUAUAACUACAGUCCUUAUAUCCUAAAAGUCAAUAUUUUAAUCUAAAGGAGCUUUAAUACUGAAUGGAGAGUUUAUAAAUCAGUCAGGCAUUGAUUUAAAAACAUUAUUUCAAAAAAAAGGAAGUUAUUUUUUGGAAAGCUUAUCUAAAAAUUUAAUUUGA